AUGGCGUUUGCAAUGGAGCUUUUUGAUCAGGAACAAGCGGACAGAAGAAGUCAAGUGGAUGUUCCUGGUGCAGAAGUACAAGGAAAACUCGAAGAACAUCAGGUGCUGGGCGCAACCAUGAAUGACCAACAUGAGUCAGAUCGAAUCGAAGAAGAGAUUGAAGAGCGCAAUCGUGCAUAUCGCGACAUGAAAAAAACGGUCCAUACUUCGAUGCCAGAUUUGCCGGAAGAGGAGAGAGAAUCGACUAAGCAGAAGGAGAUUUUAUACUCCGUGCCUGUUGAGCAGCUCAAUAUGCAAGUCAUGAAUCCGCAACAAGCCGACUACUGUGUCGACAUUAUAGCAGUUCACGGUUUGGGUAAAUUUGCGCCUGUUCGCGCUGCAUCAAUACCGAACAUUACUUGGACCGAGAAAUCUUCUGGCAUAAACUGGCUUUCGUCAGAAUCGAUGCUACCAAGCACUGCUCCAAGAGCGAGGAUUCUGAGGUUCGGAUAUGACUCCCUAUGGAUGGGCAAAACUCCAAUUAGGACUUCGCUUUCGACAAUCGCCUACAAACUCCUACUAGGUCUUAGCAUGAUUCGCAUGGAAGACUUGCAGCGUCCAUUGAUCUUCGUAGGGCAUUGUUUUGGCGGCUUGGUCGUUCAAAGAGCUCUGAAUCUGGCAAAAAUGCAGCAGGAUGCUUAUCCUGGCGUGUUUGACUCGACCGUUGGGAUAGUUUUCCUCGGAACGCCGCAUCGAGGAACUCAAUCUUUCACACAAGAUAGCGCUCUGUUUGCUGCUAUUGCUGCAUCUUCUGACUUGUCUCGAAAGCUUGAGACUGGGGUUCUCGAGAGCAUAGCGUCGGAUAAUGGCGCAUUACUUGAUGUCACCGAUGAUUUCGUGCGACUGUGCAUCGGUGGAGGACCUCUGAUCACCUGCUUCUUUGAGCAACGACCAUCAAAACUAGGAAAGAUUGUUGGAAAAGAUGAUAUAGAUGAGUUUAUCGUGGACCAGAAGAGCGCAACCCUAGACGGCCAUCGCAAGUACGGGCUCGAGUUGGAUCAUUUCAGCCUCAACAAGUUUGAUGGGCCGACUAACCCCAACUAUGUUCAGGUACGCGGAGAGAUACUGCGCUUCUACCAUGAAGCUAUGCAACGAGUCGACACAUCAUCCUGGCCUGGUCCAAACCGUGCUGCGGGUCCAAGAUUAACAGUAUCCAAAGAAGGCCUAUCAAAUGACUGCUUGGCAUCCGGGCCAAGUUCGCGCACACUGAGUCGUCGACAGAGUAGCUUUGAUUUGAGAAAUCCUACUCCUCGGCUUCGCAGGCAUGGAACAUCUCGUGGAAACCUGGACGCAAACGUUGAGGUACAGCCUGAACCAUUUCGAACCGAACACGCUAUAAGAAGAGAGGCAAUGGAUGAAUUGCGUAAGGAAGAGGAAUAUAAACAAAGACGCUUGUAUGAAGAAGAAGCACGAAAACAGCAGCGACAAGAGAAACAAGCUAUGGAGCAGGAAUACAUAGCAAGACUGAAGAGAAAUAUGGCAAAGCACGGAGUCAAGAAUUCAGAUGAGAUCCUGGCGACCCGGCGAAUGCCUGACGAUGAAGACUUAACUCAACAGGAGAUAACGGAAAAAGAGGGGUGGUACAAGAAUUUGAUGAAGGGAGAGCUGCUUGCUGUUGGACUAAACGGUGGUCAAAUCGACGAAAUCUUGCAUAAUACAGACGAAUCGAUGAUCAUAGACGGCAUGGAGAUGAUCGUCACACGUAUGGCAAGAAAAUGGAUAUCCACACGUACUUUGGACAAAUACGAGAUCCCAUGGCAAGAUGAUGAGACCGACCCUUCGACCAUCAUCAUCAAGCGAUGGGUACCUGAUUACGAGCGUGAGUUUCUAUGGGAUCACUCAAGAGCUGUACGCAGUCAGCGUGACUAUAGAUCACAUCGAGAGCGUCAUCGACCGAUCAAAUCGGACAGGCGUAGAAGACGUGGGUCGGAGCCAUCGAAUGCACAGGAUAAUGAUUGGGUGGUCCGUAUGAUGGAUAACUUCACGGAAAAGCGCAACAAAUACGACCGGACAACAACCCUCGGCCCCAGAACACCUGUGAGCAACAGGGACACAAGCUACACAAGAAAUACUAAACGACACUCUACCGAAGGACCCGGUAGUGAAGAAGCGAGACCCAAAGAGAUCCGCAAAAAGUCCUCUAGAGCAUCGUUUCAAUCUGCUGACCUCAGCAAAAGCCGUUCAAACCCAAGGAGCUCUCCACGCCCCACAUCUUCCACAGAGCCAAAGUCACUGCGCAGAAUUCGAAGCACGCUGAGCUUUGACUCCAUCCGACCUGCCCCAGACGUACAGGAAGUGAACCGUCGAAGGAGAAGUUCGCAGGCGCUGAGUCAGUCCUUUACAAGAGUCCACGACCGCAGCCAAGAAAACUAG